AUGUCUGCCCUGCUUGGAGGGUUGGGCUCCUCGUACGCGAAGCCUCGGCCCAAGGAGGAUACGGUCAAGAGUGGAUCCACUUCGAGUGAAGAUAGUCCCAUCGAAAAGGUUGGAAAUCGCCAACAAGAUCCUCACCUCGGCAUCGCGGAAACGCCGAUCGACCAAGAAAACCCUCAAAUUCAUUUCGAGUCGGCAGCGAGCAAUGUUCGAGAGUAUUUACCGACGGAAACCCAAUCUGAAGACUACGGAUUGGGGAAGGAAGCCAAGUUUUGGAAGACGUAUGUGAAAGAGACUGAUCGCUGGGAUGGAGAACUUGUUGAUGGUUGGAAUAAGUCUUUGGAUGUUCUUCUGGUAUUCGCGGCACUGUUUUCGGCCAUAGUAACAGCAUUUAUCGUUGAAAGCUCCAGUCUACUCCAAGAGGAUCCGGCCGAUGUAUCCGCGCAGACGCUUCUGAUUAUUUCUCAGACAUUGCUGGCUAUGAGCAACAACACACAGCCUAUCGAGUUGACCCCGACCUCCUCUACCCCUUUCGCUCCCUCUCGUUCUGCUGUUGCGGUUAACGUCCUCUGGUAUCUAUCGCUCGCUCUCAGUGUGAGCACUGCGUUUCUCGCCAUCCUCGCAAAGGAGUGGUGCCAUUCUUUUAUGAUUGGCCGUACUGGACACCCAUGCCUCCAAGCUCGUCGGCGCCAACGAAAGUGGACAAUGAUAGAGCGCUGGAAAAUGCGGGAGCUCAUUUUGGUAUUGCCUUCCCUCAUUCAUUUAUCACUACUACUAUUUGCCAUCGGACUAUGCAUCUAUGUAUGGGAUCUAAACUCGACUGUCGCAAUCCCUGUUUUCUGUGUAUGCGGGCUAGUCGUUGGAUUCUACAUCUGGUCAAGUCUGGCAGCGUCGGUUCUGAAAUCUUUCCCGUAUACGACAAUGGCAUCGAGAAUUCUACGAUCCGGAUUCGUGAAGCCUCUCCAUAUUUUUCUACGAUACGGAGCCGCAACCACCUUGCUACUGAUUUAUAUAACGGCCAUCAUCAUUAUGCUUUGCCUCAUAUUCUUAACCAUCUGUAUCCCAUCAUGCGGAUACGCUAUUGCCGGAUGGGUAAAUCCAAUGUUGGAUUGGUUCCAAAGAUUGGUCGACUGGCUUAUCGAUGAUGACCUGGACAAACAAGAAGAAGAACCGAGUCAAGAUAUUGUUGCCAGUCAAGCCAUAAGUUGGAUGAUCACGAACUGCGAAGUACCUCGUUCUGUGGAUGUUGCGUUGCAGGCGAUUGCUGGGGCGAAUAAGCGGCUUCCCCGAGAGCCGCUGGAGGAGUGUAAGGCUGCCCUGGUUAUAUCACGUCGACUGGGAUCUGGAGAUUUAUAUAGCAGAGCGGGAACAAGGCUCGUUUCGCUCUACAUCCGUGCCCUGUUCGUUCUUGGAUCCAAUGCCGAAUCGAUGAACGAUUCACACAAAGAUGAAUUGGAGAUUAUGAUACGGGACCUCCAGGCAGGCAGCAAAAACCAGGUGACGAAUUUAAUCACUGAUGGCACAUUCGUGCCGAACUCACAAAACCUCGAAGCGCUUCGUAUUGGCAGUAACGCUCCGCACCAGUGUCUUAUACUUGUCAAUAAUCCACAAAACGCGGACCCCCUACCACUAGCCCAAGUCACCCGUUUGCUACAGGAUCAUAUCGACGACUCCAAGCCGCUUCAUCCUGCUGCACUACUCUCCUUGGUCAAUGCAAUUGCAAUGCUUGCGUCGUGUGCACCGAACAAGGGCGUUUCGAACCCAGCUCUCAUUAUCAUCCAUUUGCUCCACAACGUCCUUUCCACUCCGCCCACUACGAAAACCAGUCUGUUCGAAAUGUCUGGUAUCUUGGCCGUUUGUGCACUCUCGCAAAGCCGGUCUGUUGCGUCUCCGGGGGUGGCCCAGCUAAACUGCUUGAUACGCACAGAGCAAUCCCUGCGCGCGCUCGCCGAUUACAUGCAAGGAAAAACAAGCUCGAAAAUUGUUUUCUGGUCCAGUGUACUGGAGCUAUCGUCCCACCCUGAAGCUUAUGGCCUUGACGCUUCAUCUGAACCAGACUCCGAGUGCCUACUACCAGCCUCUGGUAUAUCGUAUCCUGAAACAGACUUGACAUCCAUGAUCAGUCACUUGCAUGUUCAUGCCACUACGGCAUUUUCCGAUAUUGUGGAUAAACUCUUUUCAUCUGCUCCCGUCGACAGAGAUCUAGUCGAGCAAUACGUGCAGAACAUUGAUGGCGCAUAUAGUGUGGCGCAGAUUCAAACACCACCUACGCAAGUCUACGUCUUUUUGCUGGAAUGCCUCUGCCACAGUCAUAUGCAAGAUGGUAUAGCUGAGAAAUGUGGACAGCUCCUUUCCCGAUUGUCUUUCCCUCAACUUUCGCUCGAGCUCGUCCGCUAUCUUAGGGACCGUGACAUCAUUCCCCGGCUCCGUGAUCGAAUAGACCGAUGGCCAGUCGGGGUCCGUUUCUUGGCGGCCAGCCACCUAUGGCUCCUAUUUACACUCUAUCUCGAUACCCCUGAUAUCCUUCCGAUUCUCCGAGAACAAAUGUUAUUGGAGCUUGAAAAGUACCAGCCAGGCCACACGGAGAGGGAACAACUUGAGGAGGCUCGGAGGGAUUUAGCAAGGAAAAUCGAGGGGUUUUGGCGCUGGCCACACCGUGUCCGGCGAUUGACGGAUGAUAUUGGUGGGUUCGUAUUUCGGUUCAUGGAAUGUCUAUUCCAGCAGCAAAAGCGGCCGAAAUCGGAUCCUCGUUGGAAGCAGAUAAACCAGGGGUUGGUAGGAAUUCCUCAAGAACUACGAGGACUUUCGUGUCUUAUUAGCACAGAGAUUCGCAAAAGCGAUCAAGCUCAUGUAACUCUCGAGGUAGAAUCGAGCGACCGAGAAUCAAAAUCGUAG